GGUUGGUCUUUCUGGCCAAUCAUGUGCAGGGACUGAUUUUGCUGCUCGUCGGGAUCCACCUCCCCGAGGGCCUUGGAGCCACGUUUACAAAUGGGAAUAGAGUACGUGAGAAGGACAGAAUGCAUAGCCAAUGAAAUCGUGCGACGCUAAUGGGCGGGGAGAGGCCGCUGCCCGGUUCAGGGCGGAAGAAGCGUCCCUGGAUAAGGAGGGGAACAAAAGAUGGCGGCGGAAACGCUGCUGUCCAGUCUCUUGGGGCUGCUGCUUCUGGGGCUCCUGUUGCCCGCGAGUCUGACCGGCAGUGUCGGGAGCCUGAACCUGGAGGAGCUGAGCGAGAUGCGUUAUGGGAUCGAGAUCCUGCCGUUGCCUGUCAUGGGAGGGCAGAGCCAAGCUUCGGACGUGGUGAUUGUCUCCUCUAAGUACAAACAGCGCUACGAAUGUCGCCUGCCAGCUGGAGCUAUUCACUUCCAGCGUGAAAGGGAGGAGGAAGCACCGGCUUACCAGGGGCCUGGGAUCCCUGAGUUGCUGAGUCCAAUGAGAGAUGCUCCCUGCCUGCUGAAGACCAAGGACUGGUGGACAUAUGAAUUCUGCUAUGGACGCCACAUCCAGCAGUACCACAUGGAAGAUUCAGAGGUCAAAGGUGAAGUCCUCUAUCUCGGCUACUACCAAUCGGCCUUCGACUGGGAUGAUGAAACAGCCAAGGCCUCUAAGCAGCAUCGUCUGAAGCGCUACCACAGCCAGACUUACGGCAAUGGGUCCAAGUGCGACCUCAAUGGGAGGCCCCGGGAGGCCGAGGUUCGGUUCCUCUGUGACGAGGGUGCAGGGAUUUCUGGGGAUUACAUCGACCGCGUGGAUGAGCCCUUGUCCUGCUCAUACGUGCUGACCAUCCGCACUCCCCGGCUCUGCCCUCACCCUCUGCUCCGGCCCCCACCCAGUGCUGCGCCCCAGGCCAUCCUCUGCCACCCGUCCCUGCAGCCUGAGGAGUACAUGGCUUACCUUCAGAGCCAAGCUGUAGACUCCAAGCAGUACGGAGAUAAAAUCAUAGAGGAGCUUCAAGGCCUGGACCCCCAAAUGUGGAGUGAGACCAAGUCUGGGGCGCUUCCUCCAAAGAGAGGUGCAAGCCCAGCCAAGGAUGACGGUAAGGAAUCCGAUUUCUGGAAGAUGCUGCAUGAGCCUGAGGACCAGGCCCCAGGAGGGGAGGAGGCACAGGCAGAGCAGGAACAGGUCCUAAACCCUGAGGCAGCAGAGCCAGCUCCGGGCCCUCCCAGUGAUUUUCAGAACAAUGUACAGGUCAAAGUCAUUCGGAGUCCUGCAGAUUUGAUUCGAUUGAUUGAGGAGCUGAAAGGUGGAACAAAAAAGGGGAAGCCCGGCGCAGGCCAGGAGCAGCCUGCAGAUGACGACUCGGACGUCCCUCAGAGGGAGCCAGAGGCCAAGGAAAAGGGACAUGUAGAGCAGCAGAGUGAGGUGGAGGAAGAGGAGGAUGAAGACGACGAUGACGAUGAAGACGAUGAGGAUGAACGGCAGUUCCUGGGAGAAUUUGAGAAGGAGCUGGAAGGCAUCCUGCUCCCAUCAGACCGAGACCGGCUCCGCUCAGAGGUGAAGGCUGGCAUGGAACGCGAGCUGGAAAACAUCAUCCAAGAGACCGAGAAGGAGCUGGACCCAGACGGGCUGAAGAAGGAGUCAGAGCGUGAACGGGCCAUACUAGCUCUGACAUCCACUGUCAGCAAGCUCAUCAAAAGGCUGGAGGAAAAACAGAGCCCCGGACUGGCAAAGAAGCAAAGGAAGAGGAGAGUUGUCCCCCAAAAGCCUCCCCCGUCACCCCAACCCACAGAGGAGGAUCCUGAGCACAGAGUCCGGGUCCGGGUCACCAAGCUCCGUCACGGAGGCCCCAAUCGGGAUCUGACUGUCCUCGAGAUGAAACGGGAAAACCCACAGCUGAAACAAAUCGAGGGGCUGGUGAAGGAGCUGCUGGAGAGGGAGGGGCUCACGGCCGCAGGGAAAAUCGAGAUCAAGAUCGUCCGGCCCGGGGCUGAGGGCACCGAAGAGGAUGCGCGCUGGCUGACGGACGAGGACACCAGAAGCCUCAAGGAGAUCUUCUUCAACAUCUUGGUGCAGGGUGCGGAAGAGGCCCAGAAGGAGCGCCGGCGGCAGAAGGAGCUGGAGAGCAACUACCGCCGGGUGUGGGGAUCUCCCAGUGGCGAGGACACCGGGGACUUGGACGAGUUUGACUUCUGAGACUGCCUCACAACUGGCCCUCCAAGGAGGCCAGCGUCUUCCUAGAUUGGCCUGCCUCUGCCCCAUCUCCCCACCCCGGGUCCCUGAAGGCACAACGGCCAGUGGGCUGAGCCGUGGGCCUCAGGGUGGGCAUGGAGGCCCCUGGGGCUGAGAGCUGCUCACUGCCCAGAGCCACCUGGAGACCUCAGGGCCUGUGGCUUUUACUUCCCAGGCCCCUCCCCAGACCCCUCCCUUUCCUCCCUGCCUGUUCCUGUUAUCGCCCCCAACACAAGCUCCUGAAGAAGCCCUUGUGAGAGGGAAGCCGGAGAAGGGGAGCCGGCAGCUUAGCAGGCCACAAGAACGCACGCCCCCAUGCCCUUGGGAGACCCUCUGCCCCGCCCCCGGCACCCCUGGGAGUUCCUUCUUCCUCUCCCUGUCCACUGCCCCCUACAAUCUGUGCUUCGGAGUUGAGGAGCCUUCGCCUCUGCUGCUGGGGAAUGGGAGGACGCUGCCAUCGCCUCCGACACAAUCCCAGUGAAAAGGGGUGAGGCACCCACCGUGUUCUUGAACAAUCAGGUUUCUAAAUAAAGAACUGGACCAUCAA